GGGGAACAUGCCACAGAGGAAGUGGGUCAGAUACCCCUUGAGGAGACAUAAGAAAAUAAAAUUUGUAUGCCUAAGCCCACUGAUGUGACCACAAGUCACUUGGCCUUUGUCCACAUAGUGAACCUCGUCACUGAAGUUAUUUUGGUAUCUCUGGAACUGUUUGAGUCCCUGCAUUUUGGGAAUGACUUCAAAUGUAAGGCUUUGCUCUCCCCGAGCAGGGUGAUGAGGGGCCUCUCCAUCUGCACCACCUGCCUCCUGAGCAUGCCCAGGCCUUCACCAUCAGCCCCAGCACCUCCUGGCUGUAGCAACCUGAUCAUCUAUGCUGUGUCGUCUUCCGAUGGGACUCAGACCAAUCUGGUGAUUCUCACACAGUACUGCUCCCUCUCACCCGUGAGCUACAUCAUUAGGGGCUUGACUGUCACUCUGUCAGUAUCCAGGGAUGUGUCCUUUGUAGGAAUUAUGCUGCUCUCAAAUGCAUACAUGAGAUUCUCCUGUGCAGAGGCAAUACCAGGACAUUCACAGCACCAGCCUCUCCCCAAGAGCCUGCCCAGAGAAAAGGGCCACCCACACCGUCCUGCUACUGGUGACUUUCUCUGUGGUCAUGUACUGGGUGGACCUUAUCAUCUCAUCCUCCUCCACCCUGUUAUGGGCAUGUGACCCAGUUCUCUUGGGUAGCCAGAGGCUUGUGGUCAACAUCUAUGUCACAGUGAGUCCUUUGGUGCUACUCAGUUCUGACAAAAGAAUAAUCAAUGUUUUCCAAAUUAUGUGGCAAAAAG